AUGACGCUCAUCAGCAUUUUGGCAGGUCUGGGCAUGGCCUUUGGUGCGCCUUUGAUCUACGCGGACCAAGCCUGGAGUAUUCAAAAGAAGCGUGACAGCUCUGGGUUCUCAAAGGAUGUAUGCGCUGUCUUGCUGCUCUCCAACAUCGCUCGCUGCUUCUUUUGGCUAGGAGAGCCAUUCGAGCUCGUUUUGCUGCUCCAGUCUAUCUUGAUGAUAGCGGCGCAGCUGUUCCUGCUUUCACUUCUGCUAUAUUAUCGCCCUGGUUCCUUCGCACAUGCGUCCUUCACAGCCUCUUCUGCGGAUGCUGGUAGCAGCCGCUCCAGUGCUCCACUGUUUGAUGCUGCUAGCGCAGCGCUAUCCUCAGCAGCAUCUGCUGCGAAUAGCCAAGCGAAGACCACCUCGACCGCGGCGCAAGCGUCUCGACUCGAUACAUCUGCUCCCCAGCCAACGUACGACGCUGGUGACUCAACAAGAGGAAAGUACGCCGCGUUGGCGGGCCUCAACUUUGAGCUGCCUCCUGCUCCGACGAUCGGGUUGGAAGAAGGUGAAGACGAGAACGAUGCUGAGGAGGUGUCCCGACUAGACCGAAUCAAGCAGCUGUUGAAGGCUAGUCUGCGAAGGGGCCAAGGAUUGAGAGCGGAUGGAAGCGAUGCAACUAGACCGUUCGGAUUUUGGACUUGGACAACCCUUUCCUCCUACAUCAUAUUCCUCUUUGGGUACACUCUUCUACUUGGCGUGUUGCAGAUGAUUCUCGGAUGGAGCCAGACGUACGUCAGUAUACUGGGUUACUACGCGCUGGGACUUGAAAGCACUCUACCAAUUCCCCAAGCUAUUAGCAAUCAACGUCGCAGGUCUCUGUUGGGCUUUAGACUGACUGUCCUGGGAGGAUGGACGCUGGGAGAUGUGUUCAAGACGGGCUACUUCAUCGUGCAAGGCUCGCCGCCCCAAUUCCUGAUUUGCGCGCUCUUUGCUCUCUCGAUAGACCUGCUCAUCUGUGCUCAGGCUUAUCUCUUUCGGGAACAAACAGCGCGGGAGGACGAGGAAGCUGCGAGGGAAGAGGGCGCUCGAUUGGCAGCCUUGGAAGCUGAGAGAGGCGAUAUUGGGGACUAUCCCACCGCGCCUUCGCCCAGCUCAAGAGGCGCGCCAAAGAACUCGCCCGGGCGUAGCAAGAGCAAGGCGCCAACGAAUUCCGAACCGGCAGCUGCGAGCUACAACUCAAACGCGCCCAUACGCGAUGCAGAUGAGAUAGAGCCUGACGAUUGA